AUGCCACCAAAGCCAUCAGCCAAGGGAGCGAAGAAGGCCGCGAAGACGCAGAAGGCGAGCCGCAGCGGAGACAAGAAGAAGAGGAGCAAACGCAAGGAGAGCUACUCGGUCUACAUCUACCGCGUGCUCAAGCAGGUGCACCCCGACACCGGCGUGUCGUCAAAGGCGAUGUCGAUCAUGAACUCGUUCGUCAACGACGUCUUCGAGCGCAUCGCUGUCGAGGCGUCGAAGCUCGCCCACUACAACAAGCGCUCGACGAUCUCGUCCCGCGAAAUCCAGACCGCCGUCCGCCUGAUCCUCCCCGGCGAGCUCGCCAAGCACGCCGUCUCCGAGGGCACCAAGGCCGUCACCAAGUACACCUCCAGCAAGUAA